GGCCCGGCCAGUAGUGGCGCAUAGAGUGGAUGGCUUCUGAUGGCUUACUUGAAAAAACAAUCGGCAUAUGGAGGAUGAGGCCUGGCCCCACGUCUGACCCCUGAUUGAUUAACAGUUCUUGUCAUGUGAGUGAACAUUGUGUCAAGUUUGAUGACAUCACCAAGGCAAUGUCAAGGUCAAAUGCUGUUACACCUAGCCUGAGGUGGGGGAUCUUCAUCGUCGUCUCCGUCGUUCUCAACAGGUGCUGCUGCUAUGAGGUGGAGAAAACAAAAGCCGUGUCGGAAGUUUUGGACCACCUGCUGGACGGCUACAAGAAGGAGGUCAGACCUGGGAUUGGAGGUGAUCGUGUGGUCAUUGACACGGACAUUUUGAUCAAGAGCAUGGGACCAAUCAAAGAACUCGAUAUGUCCUACUCCAUGCAGGUGUACUUCAGACAGCGCUGGAAGGAUGAGAGGCUGUCCUUCUACCUGCCCAACAUCACCCGCUUCACCCUCAGCAACAAGUUCAUCAACAACAUCUGGAAACCCAACAGCUACUUCAUCAACGGCAGGAACAGCAAGAUGCACAACAUCACCGUCCCCAACACUUUCAUCCGGCUCAGUCACGACGGCAGCAUCUACAUGUCCGUACGGCUAACGAUCAACGCCAGAUGUCCUAUGAUGUUGUCCAGAUACCCAAUGGACAGAGUUGUCUGUCCGCUUUAUAUCGGCAGCUUCGGCUACACGACAGACGAGGUGGUCUACAGGUGGGAGAACCAGGUGGACAUUGACCCCGGGGUCACGCUGUCCCAGUUUGAGCUGGGCCGUAUCGAACAACACACGACGUCAAAGAUGGGCAACUUUGGCGAGUUGUCCAUCCUGCAAGUCUACAUCCACAUGAGCCGAGCUGUGGGCUUCUACGUCAUCCAGACUUACGUCCCCUGUUACCUCAUCGUUUGUCUCUCCUGGGUCUCGUUCUGGAUCAACCGUGACGCCGCCCCGGCGCGUGUUCUCCUAGGUGUGACGACCAUUCUGACCACCGCCGCCAUCAGCAUGACGGUGAGGGAGGGUCUGCCCAGGGUGCCCUACCCCACAGCCCUGGACGUGUUCCUCAACAUGUGCAUUCUGUACCAGAUGGCCGCCUUCAUCGAAUACGCCGCUGUCAACUACUUCACCAAACUCAUGCCCAAGGAGGGCGGGCUGGAUAGUGAUGACGAUGAUGCUGAUGAUGUGAUGUUUGCCAACAAAAAAGCGACGAUGGCCAAAGACGAGACAGCCUUGCCUGAGGGUGAAGCCCUGAUAACCAUCAACAAUGGAAAAACUAGCAAGACAAAUAAACUGGUUGCAGCUAGUAAAAGAUGCCACUCGUGUUUGCUAACUUUCUGGAUCUGCAUCAUCGGGAGCUCCACCUACCGGCAGAAGCGGACCGAGUCAGCUGACCCUGAGACUGGCAACAGUGUCAGUGACAUUGACAUGGUCUCCAGGUACCUGUUCCCCUUGACCUUUGGCAUCAUUAACCUCUGCUACUGGCUCAUGUAUUUUUACCUGGAAGUCAGUUGACUAGAUGGACAGGUGUGCAUCAACAUCACCUGCUUUUUAUGAGGUCACAUCUUCAGCUCUUGUAAGGCUGGUGGAGUCCAGAGACAAUUUUUUGUGUCCACUGUGUAGGCUACAGCAGAUUGUUGUGAUGUUUGGUCAGUAACAGUGUCCACUGUGUAGGCUACAGCAGAUUGUUGUGAUGCUUGGUCAGUAACAAUGUCCUCGUACAUUUGGUCUAAAAUGUGAUCUGUGGGUACACUGUACAUAUAAUGUCCACAUUUCUAGUGCACAAACUGUACCUCUGGUCAGACUGAGGUCAACUGCUGUAGUUGACAUCACACUCUUUAAUGUAUCCCCACCCCUCCCUUCAUGUCACCUAUGUCAACUCAU